AUGCUGUUUGGUCAAGGUGAUGAGUCUGUCGAAACAAGAGCCGCUAUGAUACGUAUGAUUGGAGCAAUGCGACCAUCUGCCAAUAGGAAAAUCAGUACCGGAAACCGAAUGCUUGUAAGACAAUCAGACAAAGUGCGCGACGUUAUAUUUACCAAUCGCAAAUUAUUUCCGUGCUACUACGAACUUCCCAUUGCGGGACAAGAAUCUCGUGUACGCACCCAUUAUCGAGAAGCUUGCUUCGAUAACUAUGUACCCAUCCGAGCUUGGUUUUUUCUUGGCGAAAUUUCAAAUUCAACAAAUACUCUCACUAAUCAAACUGACCAUCAAGUUACUGUGUGCGAUAGAGAGGGAAAGAAAAAUAUCCUCAUCGAUUUCGUCGAUAGUUCAGUACUGGGUACAGAAUUCAACUAUGGUCUUCUCAAGCACGGACACACAAUCUGUAUUCGUUUCGCCAGUCGACAAAAAUCGAAUGCAAGUAUUAGAAUCGAUCAACGAUAUAAAAAGGUCGCUGUUUUUCCGACGUCUCUGCAUACAUUGCUCACAACAAUGUCACAGGAAAUUAAUAAUCAUAUUCCUCUACGACCAUGUCCAAAACCAAGUGACGCUCAAGUUUUAGCACACCUUUUUAACAAAACUCAGCAUCCCUUACACUACAAACCACCGGCGCCAGAUCAUUGCUGGAACUGCAAGAAGGAAACGAAUGACGAUGGUGAUGCGAAGUUGAAGAAAUGUGCUCGUUGUAUGAUCGCACUUUAUUGCAAUAAAGAAUGUCAAACAAACCAUUGGACAACGAGUCAUAAGUAUUGCUGCAGCUCACAUCGUAUCUAUUCGUCCAUGGUUAAUGAAGUGAAACAAACUCUCGAUAAUUUGGCUAAAUAUCNAAUGUUGAACACAGACAUGAUCCGGUUCAGAACAACCUUGCGACGAUCCACAUGGUAG